GGGGGUGAUGACCAGGGGGGGGGAUCUCAUGGCGUGGGCCAUGAUAGUUCCCCAGAUCUCAGGGCGCCUCUUCUUAAUUAUUUCAUUACGUCCCUGCGCCCCCCCCUCUUGGAGGGCCCUCCCCGCGGUGCCCUCGGCGAGGCGGCCGGAGCUCCACGCACGGAGGCGCUCUGCAGCGGGGUGCAGAGCUGGAGGGCAAACGGGGGCAGCGAGCGCAGCCUUUCGAGGGCGGUCGGCAGCCCAACUUCGCUGGGCAACGACAGCACUGCUUUACUCAAGCUGGCGGCGUGGGGCGACAGAGGCCGCGCACAUGCCGCCGGCCAUGAUUUGCACCCCCCCUCUUGGACGCCCCUCCCUCUUUGCCGCUCCCGAGAGUAUCGCUGGCGUCUUCCGAACGGCGGGCCUGUGGAGCUCGCCGCCCUCCCGGACAGGGAGGGGAAGGAGAGAGGGCCGGAGGCGGCGGCGAGAACCCCACAUACCUAG